AAACAUCUGUUGUAAUAGAAGUGAGGCAUUAAUGCAAUAGAGGCAACAAACAAGAAAGUAGGUUUUUUUGAGAGUGUAAUCGAGCGAGGGAGGGGCAGAGAAAGAGCAUCUUAAUUAAGCCAGCUCCAUGCCCAGUUGUGUUCAAUCCCACCACCGUGAGAUCUUGACCUGAGCUGAAAUCAAGAGACGGAUGCUUAACCGAGCCACCCAGGUGCUCUGAGAAAAUAGUUUUUGAUGAUUUCAAGGGUUAUGAAGAAAAUGAACCAAGAGGAUAGGUUUGUGAGAGUUAAGGAGUUAGGGGUGGCUGUAGGUGAGCAGGGAAGGUCUCUGCAAGAAGUUAACAUUUGAACUGAAACCUGGUGGCUGACAGGCCUUGCUAAGCCCUUGUAGGCAAAGGAAAGUGCAUCAGAAUGGCAUUGGCUAAUUUGAGUAACAGAGAGAACGCCAGCUUGGCUGCAGUGUAGUACGCAAGGGGGUAGGUGAGGGAGUGGAGCAAGGUGCCCCAGUCCCCUGAGGAACAGAGGUUUUAUUCAAAAUUGGAGGGAAAGAAUGACUCCUGCUGGUCCUCCAGGCCCCAAUUAAAUGUAAUCCCCUCAAGAAGCCCUCCCUGAACCCCCAUCUAAGUUAGCGCUCCCCUUCCCCUUGAUAUUUUCUGUCUCAGGACUCCGAGCAGGAACCUGUUUUGUUAUCAUUGUAUCCUCUCCUCCACUUUUUUCAACUUAGCGCUGUUUUUCUCACAUUAAAGACUUAUUCCCUGGCUCCAAAGAUAGGACUAAAAUCAGGUCUUUUCCCCUCUAACCAGGUGGCCCCUCCCUGAGGACAUGCAUUCCCCAGAAAUAAGCAAAGAGACAGGCAUGGUAACUUACCCUCCUAACUGUGGAGAGCGGUAUGUGUUGAGUUGACAGCCAGGUCUUCUCCUGAGAUGCUCCUCCUCUUAAGAUGCUGUGGCUGUCUUGGGGUGAGGAGGACAAUAGCUCUGUCAACAGGGGCAGCAGCAAUGGUCCACGCAGACUGCCCUGGACAGACAGCCCAGUGCCGUGUCUAGUAGUGGUGUGGCUCUGCUGUUUGCGUUUGCCGUUUGUGCUGUCCGGGCACAGAUGACUCACCAAGCUUCUCAGAUCAUCCUCUGUAGCCUGUUAUACUCUCACAUGUUAAAAGGGCCUUCCUGCCAGAUGUUACCUCGUAGCAUCAUAACCGCAGGAUUUCUGCUGUUGCCAAAAGGGACAUCGCUUUACAAAGCGGCAGCUACUUAGGAGGCUCAAGCCCCACAGAAAAGGGUACUCUAGAUACCUCCACCCAAUACACAGGAGCUCAAGUGUCCAUUGAGGAGGGGACACGGAGACCAGAGUCUACUCUGAGCACCUAGCCAGAGCAGAUUGUAUUUACUGGCUUUUAUAAAUAAUUUUUCCUCAACUGCGACACAUUUGAAAAGAAGCAAUAAGUCUUAGAGAAAUCAGAAAAAUGAGAAGAAGGAAAAUAAAAACUACCUUGGAAGAAACUAAGGCUAAUGUGCUGGGGUAUGCGCUGCCAGAUUUAUUUUUUUGCUUAGAGUCUGCUUAUUUCACGUGGUAAUGCAGUAACAAUGUUUUCUGGUGUUCCACAACAUGGUUUUACUGGUUGCAGAAUCACCCACUGUCAGGGAACCACUCAUUCAUUCCACAAAUCCUUGCUGUGUAUCAGGCCCUCCCCCAGGCCCUGGGGGUACAGCAUGAAUAACCAGACUGCAGGCCUCAUCUCAUGGGGGAAGGUGGAUAAGAAGCAAGGACAGGGGUGGAUGGGCCUUAGGCCUGGGCUCUUCCUACUCAACACUCACCGUCCCCAGCGCCUGCCUUUCCCCUGAAGGGGACCUUGGAAUGGCGGUGCCACUUGCGACGCCCAGACUCCAGGAGACCGUUGUGUUUGAGGACGUGGCUGUGUACUUCACGAGAAUAGAGUGGAGUUGCCUGGCCCCCGACCAGCGGGCACUGUACAGGGACGUGAUGCUGGAGAACUACGGGCACGUGGCCUCACUGGGCUUUCUCGUUGCCAAACCAGCGCUGAUCUCCCUCUUGGAACAAGGGGAGGAGCCAGGGGCUUUGAUUCUGCAGGUGGCUGAGGAGCAAGGGACUGUGGCCAACCUGUGCCCAGAUUCUAGGAUGGAGGCCGGGGUCAAGGAGUCUUCUCCGGGGAGAGUGUCCUCUAAGCAGUUAGGACUGUUGGGCACAGUUUGGGGGCGCCUCCCUGAGGAGAGGAAUGGCCGUCCUAAAGAUGGGUCAGAUAAACGACAACUCGACCCCCAGGCAGGCGGCCUUGGUGGGGAACUUAGCACACCCCUGGGGACCCUGGAGGCAAAACAGCCAGGCUUGGGCCCUGCAGAGGCUGCUGGGGACAGAGUGUACAGGUGUGCUUGCGGCAAGGCGUUCAAGUACAACUCGCUGCUGCUCAGGCACCAGGUCAUCCACACGGGGGCCAAGCCCUACCAGUGCACCGAGUGUGGCAAGGCCUUCAAGCAGAGCUCCAUCCUCCUGAGACACCAGCUCAUCCACACUGAGGAGAAGCCCUACCAGUGCGGCGAGUGCGGGAAGGCCUUCCGGCAGAGCACUCAGCUGACCGCACACCACAGGGUCCACACGCGGGAGAAGCCCUACGAGUGCGGCGAGUGCGGGAAGGCCUUUGGCCGCAGCUCCCGGCUCCGGCAGCACCAGAAGUUCCACACGGGAGAAAAGCCGUACGAGUGCGGCGAGUGCGGGAAGGCCUUCUGCCGCAGGUUCACCCUCAACGAGCACGGCCGCAUCCACAGCGGGGAGCGGCCGUACACGUGCCUGCAGUGCGGGCAGCGCUUCAUCCGCGGGUCGUCGCUCCUCAAACACCACCGGCUGCACGCCGGGGACGGCCCCCGAGAAGACGGCGGCCGCCAGGACCCCCAGCCCGGCGCCGCACAGAAGACCGCCUCGGGCGCCAGGCCGUUCGAGUGCCCCGUGUGCCAGAAGCCCUUCAAACACAACUCCUUGCUCCUCCUGCACCAGAGGCUGCACACGGGCGAGAAGCCCUUCGAGUGCAGGGAAUGCGGCAAAGCCUUCAGCCGGAAGUCCAACCUCACUCUGCACCAGAAGACCCACACCAAGCAGAAGCCCUUUGCCUGCACGGAGUGUGGCAAGGCUUUCCGCAGGAGCUACACGCUGAAUGAGCACUACCGGCUCCACAGUGCCGAGAGGCCCUACCGGUGCCGGGCCUGUGGCGGGGCCUGCGGCCGGCCGUCAGCCCUCACGCAACACCAGAAAGUCCACGGGCCCGCGUGUUCCCGGGAGGGUGGGGAGGACAGACGGGUGCCCCACUGGGCUCCCCGUUGAGUUGAUGAAAGGCGGAGAACUCAUCCAGGAGGGGGCCCCAAGGCAGAAGGCUGUCGGUCCUCCCCGCUUGGCUGUGAGAAGGGUCAGGGCCAGGGCUGUGGUCGAGCAGCCCGAGGGAAGGGCAGUGAGGAAGGCUGAGCCCGAGCGGGUCCCCCCACGACUGCUGAGCCCAGAUAGACGCCCGCGGGAGGGCGGCAUUUCUAAACCGUCCAAGUCUGCGCCUGGAGGCACACGCGGGCUCCAACACAAGUGGGGGUUGGGGGUGGGUUUCGUUUUCUCUUGCCACUCCUCGGGUUUCCAAAUAUUGACUUGUGAUGGGGGGAGGGGAGCGGAAUCUGUUGGCUUUUUUUUUUUUUUUUUUUUGGAUGUUCAUUUGUUACUAGAAUUGACCAAGAUCAGACUGUUGGCAGGGGACCCAGCCACCUAGUGGGGCAGAGGACUAGAAUCCACACAACACCUGCCAUGGAGAUGUUGGGAACUCUCAGGUAGACCCAGGGUUUGUUGACAAGCCACGGCAAAGCUGGAGGGGUAGUGGUGGCUGAAGCAGGACUCGGGAGUGGGGUCUGCAGGCUCCCAGGCAGUGCCUUGGGAGCCCCAGCCAGGCUAAGUGUGAUCCCUCAGCAGGCCUGUCAGCAGAAGGUAUUCACUGGGGAGAAGCUUCCCUGGGUGGCCGCUGGUGAGAGGGGCCAUCUCUUAGUGACCCUUCUUCUUCAUCAGCCCCCUGGCCCCAGGAGCCCCGAGAACACGGAGGGGCUUCUACAGCAUCUUACAAAAGGUGUGCCAGAAAGGAAGCCGCCAGCCCCAAGCAGAGCUACCAGUGAAUGUGUAUUUUUUAAUCAUUUUUCCCCCAAAUAUAAAUUUAUUUUAGGACAUUUGGGAAAUGCAAGAACUUAGAAAUGUAAAAAACUGCCCUUUGGUCUCACUCUUCAGAGAUCACUACAGCGAUGUUUGGUGUGUUUUCUUAGCCUCUUUUUAAAAAUUUUAAUGCUUAUUUAUUUAUUUUGAGACAGAGAGAACAUGAGUUGGGGAGGCACAGAGAGAGGAGAGAAUCCCAAGCAGUUUCUGCGCUCUCAGCAGAGCUCGA